UGCAUGGGCCCCGGCGCGUCAGACCACUGGGGCGCCAUCACGAUGGUGCCCCGGGUCUAGACCGCCAUCGACCGCAUGUGUGUGCGGGGCAGAAGGAAAAAAGGGUCAUCUAAUUACUCUGCGAACCCGGACCUUCGUUUAUCACCGCGUUUCCUGCAACCCGCCCAUUCCCGGCACAUGGAUUAAGGGUCCUGUACCCUCUCGGCUGCAAGGAACCCUGGACCAUUCCAACAUGUCGGUUUUCGGACGUACAAAACAAACGCUUCAAGGGCUUACGGCAGGCAGUGUGCUGCUGUAGGUGGUAGCUUCGCUUCCCCACUGGCCAAUGCCUGUCUUAUCUUCUCUCGGAUCUAGGUGCGCCCCGUGGUAAUGUUUAUUCAUGACGAGCUCAUGUCUCUUGUAGAUGACAGCACUUCUCCUUAUCAAAUUCGCCUCAUACCGUAUACCUUCCUCCGUGGUUCAUGGGUGCGAACCAAAAGACUCCAUCAACUCCGAUCACGAACUCCAAAAACGAGGCCGAGUAGCCAUCUCGGUGGGCCCAUGUUCUCCCGUCGUCAUCCAUGCCGGCACCGAUGGGGGGGGGGCGACAUGUCCUCCUGUCUUGGGACAUCGUCAGUCGCUUCCCUUCGGCCAACCCAUGUUGGCCAUGCAAAAACCAAGAAAAGUCGAGAACAACCCUCCCUCUACUUCGAUAUAUGGCGAAGUCGACCACUUGCCGUUUCGUACUUCGCUAGAAGACAAUAUUUUAAAAAUGAAGUAAAAAUCUCUCAGCAGGCCAAUAAUGCGUAUAUUCUACGCUGGCCUACCCAAGGCGCCGCCGAUUUGGCGCACCUCACAUCAACUUGUCUGCAGCCAGCAAUGCUGCACCACAGAACCAUCGUUCAAGGGGGCUUGUUUUAAGCGUAUCCACUUUGGGGCCCGUACAGCCUCUGCCGCUUCUCUGGCCGGUCAUCGCCGACGAGGUGGUCGGGCACACGCAUCUGCUGCAUCCCAGGCGGCAUGUUCUGAAACGUUGGCCGUUGGGCUGACGUUGGCGUAAUGACCAUUUGGGCCGUGUUC